AUGAAAAACAUUGAAACUAACGAAAAAAUUAACAAUUCUACUGAAUCAUUAUACUCGGAUGUUGCAAUGGUAUAUCCUAUAAACUCUUGGACAUUUUGGUAUAGAAAUCCUUCUAAGUUGAAUUUAAGGUAUCCAUGGGAAGAAUCAUUGACCAAAAUUGAAACCGUUCGAGAUGUUACUCAUCUGUGGAAAGUCCUCAACCACAUCAUUCAACCAUCGGCAAAAUCUUUAAACACGUGUUUAUUUGUGUUCAACGAAAAGAGCGUACCCGCCUGGGAGCACAAAAGUAACGAAAAUGCAGGGCGUUGGAUAAUCAUAUUGAAAGAUAACCACAAUUUGCAUAAUAUAUGGAAUAAUAUGGUACUACACAUAGUUGGAGACAAAUUUGCAGCUGUUAUAACUGAUGUCAAUGGUAUAGGAUUGCACAUUAAACCUGUGUGUUCCAAGAUAACAGUGUGGACUACAAAAAUAACCUUAAGCAAUUACAAAAACAUACAAAAUAUUGGAGUUAUGAUCAGACAAGCCAUUGGGCCGAAUGCAAAACGCAUAUAUUAUUUAAUGCACAACCAGACACUCAUUUAA